AUGCCGUGCAGCUAUCGAGACUCGCAGCAGCGCUUCCACAAGGGCCAUCAGGGCCGCAUGCUUGUCCCACACGACGCCCAGGCCGGCCUUCUGUUCACGAUUAACCCCAAGCAGAGCCUCCGCGCCCGUCGCGAGGCCCAAAACUACCUUUCUAGUCUCACCGCCGACCUCCAGGCCUCGGAGGGGCGAAACUCGGGAGGCCCCACCACGGUCUGUCCCGGCGUGACCGAAACAGACGAGGCCGCAGAGGGAAAAGAGAGGCCGGAAGCGGGGACCGAUGGAACGUCACGGGCGGGGACCACCUCCGGCCUGCUCGCCCUGGAGCUCUCCGCGGCAGUGUCCCAGGGCGGUCGGGGGAAGCGGCCCCGUCCUGAGCCCGGACUGCCCCUGACGGAACGCCCGCCCGUUGUGACACCGCGGUGGUUUGGGGAGCUGGAGACGAGCUGCAAAGGGUACCUCCUCCUGCGUGUCCCCUCAGGUUCCCCAGGGCGGACCUGCGUUCCGUGUCACGCCGCGCGGAGUCAACGGGAAGGACUGCGGUCGUGCGGGACGGACGCGGCAACUGACCUCUCACAGGGACCCUCUGACGAACGGGCGCCCGACGCGCCGCAAGAGGGGGAGGGCGCCCUGAAUCGUGGGGCCAUGCCCGCGCACACCAUUCUGAUCAAUCCUCUGGUCUCCCAUCUCGUGGAGCGGAUAUUUAAAGAUCUUCACGAGAACCCGCGCCCGAUUUUUAAGCAUUGCUUUCGCUUGAUGCCGGUGGAGUUGACGUGCUGUCCGACCUUACCAGAGAUGCAGGUGGCACUACGUAAACUCAUGGAGCUGCACUUUCCACCCAACAAUUCAGCUCCUCCCUCCACUUACGAUUCACUUUCAGAGGUUGCCUUCACUAGAGUUCUCGAUGUAGCUCCUGCGCAGCAAUGGCCAUCAGCGUCUCAACAAGACAACGAGAAGGCAACUCAUCCCGCUGACGUUGGAAUUAGAAGAAAUGGGAUGCAUAAAAUUGUGUUUCAAUUAACCGUUAAAAAUAACUCAAAUGUGGAGGCAAAAAAGGCGCUGUAUCUUUCGGAGUUGCAGGCAACCAUUCCCGCUAAUCGAUUCAUCGUACUCUCCCCGUCCUACAUUAGUCCAAAACGCGAGGAUAGUACCAAAUUUCAGAUAGAGGCAGUGGUGUGCGUAGUGGUAUUACACGCCACAUGCGUUAUGGGUGUGCAGCCUUUCUUUUCCGAACGAGAUGCAUAUAACGUGCACGACAUUAGUAAGAAGACUUUGGUGUUGACAAAUUCUAUAACUCGUCUGGAGAAGUAA